AUGAAGGGUGCCCCCAUGAUGGGGGGCAACCUGCAGCAUCAUCUGCAUGCCAGCAUGCAUUACACUGAUAAGAACGGCGUGCUGGGGGCGCCGGAGCUGCAGCAGGCGCUGUCACUGGGCGGCCUCAACUUCAGUUUGGCCACGGUGGCCCACAUAAUACGGAUUCAUGACAAGGCCAACAGGGGUGCCAUCUCGUUCGAGGAGUUUUCAAAGCUCCACGAGUUCCUGACCAACGUGCAGGCGUCAUUUGACUACUUUGACCGCGACCACAGCAACAGCCUCACCGUGAACGAGAUUGGCGAUGCGCUCAACCAUGCGGGCUACCAGCUUGACCAGACGGCGCUGCAGGCGGUGUUUUCGCGCUUUGACCCCACCCGCAGCGGCGCCCUGGGCCUGACGGAGUUCCUGGCGCUCACUCUUUUCCUGCGCAGCUCGACCGCCACGUUCAACGCCUUUGACUCUGAUCGCAGCGGCACCGUGUCGCUGUCAUUUGACCAGUUCCUGUUUGCAUGCGCACACUGCAUUUGA